AACACUCCAGAGGAGGAAGUCUCUGCGUCACAUAGCAGUAUUUAUCUCUAAUUUACAGACGAUUUAAGUCACAUUUAGGUUCAAAAAUGGAUACACAGUCGUAUCAUCCCGUACAACCUGGCGUGGGGAUGGAGGAAAAUUACCUGUCUCUCGAUGAUAUUUUGCUGUCUCAUGAGAGACUUCCUAUCCGGACAGAGUGCGCUUUCCCCCGGCUUGGAUUCCUGGAGAAGUCCAGUGACACACAGGAUAUACCGGAGGGCACAAAGAUGGAGCUUCCUCUGUGGCUGUCCAAGGGUCUGUAUGAGAGGAAGAGGAGGGUGUUGUCGGUCGAACUUCCUAAGGUAUACAAAGAAGGCUGGAGGACCGUGUUCAACGCUGACUCCAACGUGGUAGACCUGCAUAAGAUGGGCCCCUACUACUAUGGCCUGGGAUCCCAGAUGCUGCACUUUGAAAGUCCAGAGAACCCAGAGAUUGCACAGACGUUGCUGCAGACGUUCAUUGGUCGAUUCAGGCGGACCAUGGACUCUUCCCAGAAUGCCUACAAUGAGGAUACGUCUGCCCUGGUGGAGCGGUUGGACUGUCUGGAGAAGGCGUUGUUCAGGUCAGGGCAGAGUGGCCUCAACGGCUUCCAGAGCUGGGAGAAAGGUCAGGCUUCACAGCUCACCGCUUCCAGUCUGGUACUCAACUAUCGCAAGAGGAAGAUAACUGACAUACAGACCUGACCUCAGCCAACAGGUGGAAGAUUGUACCAGUUAGCACAGCAGCAGCAGACUCCUGCUUACCUGCUUUUUCAUUUUCAACGGACACAUCUGUCCUCCACAUCUGAGACAUGUUCUCUGUUGUGGGGAAUCCAUCAAUCCUGCAGAGUAUACAUUUGUUUCCUAUUUAUUCUGUCACAUUGUUUGAACUUCAUGUAAACUGUACAGUAUGAUGGUGUGCCCAUUUUGUCAUCACUAAGUAGAUGUCUUUGGACAUUCAGCUCAUUGAUAAUUAUUUGGU